AUGAAUCCUCAUCAGGCUAAGAAGGUUGACGUGAAGUCCCUCUCCCCCGAGGAGCAGCGACUUUUUCGGCUCUAUGGCAAACUCCCCAACCGCAGCGAUCACUUCGCCAAGCAUCUCAAGGAGCGCAAGUACUUCGACAGCGGCGACUAUGCCAUGAGCAAGGCCGGAAAGGGCGACAGCGUCGACACGGGUGCCGUCGGCAGCCAGCACCCGGUCCCCGAGAACAUCCCCCAUCUCUCGAGCCCCGUUAGCGGACCUAACGGCAUCGGCAGCCCUUUACACCCUCAUCACCACCACCAACACCACCCGGGCCUGCAAGCCGGUAGCCCCGUCAAGGAGAGCAGCUUUCUGAACCGCGAGACGAACGCCGAGGACAUUGAGGCGGCCAACAACCCUUCUGGCGAGCAGCAGAAGGAGCAGCAGCAGGAACAACAAUCUCCUGCUGCACCCGAAGAAACGGCCCAAGUGGCUGCUGGCGAGCAACAGGAACUCCCAGUCCGCCGGUGA